CUUAGUAACAAAACUUUCAAUCCGGCCACAAAAGAGGUUCAAAUUCGGUUUCAUCCAGAUUUUCUCUCUUUCAAAAUCUCAGAUCCGCACUCUAUUUCUCCCGAAUCAUGCUCGUCGUCUCCCCCAAUGAUUCCUAAUUCAUUCGUAAAACCCUAGCAUUUCAUCUUCUCCAUAGAUCAACUCAAUUUCUGAUACUAUCAUACUUGCAAUCACAACCACAAUCGAAGAUGUAUAUGGCGUACGGCUGGCCUCAGGUGAUCCCUCUGGAAUCAGGCCUGUGUCCUACUUCGCAGCAGAUCAUCUACCUCAAAGUUGUCGAUCGAUUAUUGCUCGUUGUUUGUCCUUCUCAUUUUGAGCUAUGGAGCUCUUCUCAGCAUAGGGUAAGAUUAGGGAAGUACAAGAGAGAUCCGGAUUCAAUAGCAAGAGAGGGAGAGAACUUGCAGGCUAUCUGGAGCCCUGAUACUAAAUUAAUCGCUGUUAUGACAUCUUCAUUCUUUCUUCACAUUUUUAAAGUCCAAUUUUCUGAGAAAAAAUUACACAUAGGAGGCAAGCAACCGUCCAAUCUGUCUCUUGCUACUAUUUCUCUACUUAUGAGCGAGGAGGUCCCUUUUUCAGGCAAGGAUUUAGCGUUGAGCAAUAUCAUUUGCGACAACAAAAACUUGCUGGUUGGACUCUCUAACGGAACUUUGUAUAAUAUGUCUUGGAAGGGUGAGUUUAAUGGAUCCUUGGAUCUGGACUUCAAUUCAUAUAAUGAAAAUGGCCAUACAAAAUUGUCCAAUGGUGUAGCUUCUGGAGGGACUCAAGGUGUUAUAUCAUCUAGUCAUUCUUCGUAUAAAAAGCCAGCAAUCACUUAUUUGUACUUUAGCUUUCCGUUGAGGCUGUUAUUUGUUCUAUUCUCUGAUGGACAGUUGGUGUUAUGUUCUGUUAGUAAAAGAGGUUUAAAGCAACCAGAUUCUGUUAAACCUGAAUAUCGGUUAGGAUCUGAUGAUGCAGUAUGUGCUUCAGUUUCACCAGACCAACAAAUCCUUGCCGUUGGCACCAGAAGAGGUGUCGUAGAGUUGUAUGAAAUUAGUGAACCUGUAGCACUUAUUCGGUCCGUAUCAUUACAUGACUGGGGAUAUUCAAUGGAUGACACUGGUGCGGUUAGUUCUAUUGCAUGGACCCCCGAUAGCUCUGCUUUUGCAGUUGGGUGGAAGUUAAGAGGACUUACGGUGUGGUCUAUAUCCGGUUGUCGAUUAAUGUCUACAAUACGUCAGAUUGGUAUAAAUUCUGCAUCUGCUCCAGUGGUUAAGCAAAACCAAGAUGGCAAUUAUGAACCGUUGAUGAGUGGCACUUCAUUUAUGCAGUGGGAUGAAUAUGGUUAUAGACUUUAUGCAAUUGAAGCAGGUUCUUCAGAAAGAAUACUUGCAUUCUCUUUCGGAAAAUGUUGUCUAAACAGAGGGGUUUCUGGCAAAACUCAUGUCCGUCAAGUUAUAUAUGGUGAAGAUCGGUUACUUGUUGUGCAGUCUGAGGAUACAGAUGAACUGAAAUUAACACAUCUUAACCUUCCAGUUUCCUAUAUCUCCCAAAAUUGGCCUGUUCUUCAUGUGGCAGCUAGUGAGGAUGGAAUGUAUUUAGCCGUUGCUGGUCUUCAUGGGUUGAUUUUAUAUGACAUUCGAUUAAGUAGAUGGAGGUUUUUUGGUGAUGUUACUCAGGAACAAAAGAUUCAAUGCACAGGAUUAUUAUGGAUGGGGAAAAUCGUUGUUGUUUGCAACUACAUCGAGUCAUCCAACACGUAUGAGUUGCUGUUCUACCCAAGAUAUCAUCUUGAUCAGAGCUCACUUCUUUAUCAGAAACCGUUGCUUGCAAAACCCAUGGUGAUGGAUGUCUAUAACGACUAUUUACUUGUCACUUACCACCCAUUUGAUGUGCAUAUAUAUCAUGUAAAAGUAUCUGGUGACUUGACUCCUUCCAGUAAUCCGGAUAUACAGCUUUCUACAGUACGAGAGCUAUCCAUCAUGACUGCAAAAUGCCAUCCUGCUGCAAUGCAUUUUAUACCAGAUCAACAUGAAAGUGAUGCUUCCAUUAAAGAUGCUUCAUCAUCUCCAAAUUCAUUAGAAAAAGAGCCCAUUAGAUGUUUAAUACUAAGAGCAAAUGGGGAACUAUCAUUACUUGAUUUAAUUGAUGGUCGAGAAAGGGAGCUUACAGAUUCUAUAGAGUUGUUUUGGGUUACCUGUGGGCGGUCAGUGACGACAAAUUUGAUUGAGGAAGUAUCAUGGUUAGACUACGGUCAUCGGGGAAUGCAGGUUUGGUAUCCAUCUUCAGGUGUGGACCCCUAUAAGCAGGAAGAAUUCUUGCAGUUGGACCCUGAGCUUGAAUUUGAUCGUGAGGUGUAUCCACUUGGUCUGCUUCCAAAUGCUGGAAUUGUAGUUGGCAUUACCCAAAGACUAUCGUUUUCUGCAUGCACAGAGUUUCCAUGUUUCGAGCCAUCUCCUCAAGCUCAAACAAUACUACAUUGUCUACUUCGCCAUCUUCUUCAGAGAGAUAAGAGUGAAGAGGCUUUACAACUGGCUCGAUUGUCUGAGGAGAAGCCUCAUUUUUCCCAUUGCUUAGAGUGGCUUCUUUUUACCGUCUUUGAAACCGAAAUUUCCAGGCAAAAUGUGAACAAAGACAACCCUUCUCUUUUGGAGAAAACUUGUGAUUUGAUAAAGCACUUUUCAGAGUAUUUUGAUGUUGUGGUUAGUGUGGCAAGAAAGACAGAUGGCCGUCACUGGGCAGAUUUGUUUUCUGCUGCUGGAAGAUCAACAGAGUUGUUUGAAGAAUGCUUCCAGAGGAGAUGGUAUCAAACCGCUGCUUGUUAUAUACUUGUUAUAGCAAAACUGGAAGGAGCACCUGUCAGUCAGUACUGCGCUCUACGCUUAUUACAGGCAACACUGGAUGAAUCUUUAUACGAACUUGCUGGGGAGCUGGUGAGAUUUUUGUUGAGAUCAGGAAGGGAAUAUGAACCCGCAACUACAGAUUCAGAUAAACUAUCUCCCAGAUUUCUAGGAUAUUUCCUUUUUCCUACUAGUUAUAGGAGACAGUCUUCAGAGCCAAAAAGCCCUUCAUUCAAAGAGCAGAAUGCACAUGUUGCUUCUGUAAAGAAUAUUCUAGAAAGUCAUGCUAGCUACUUGAUGUCUGGGAAAGAACUUUCCAAGCUUGUUGCAUUUGUUAAAGGCACACAGUUUGAUCUAGUGGAAUAUCUUCAACGCGAAAAAUUUGGAAGCGCUCGUUUGGAGAAUUUUGCUUCUGGGCUCCAGUUAAUAAGUCAGAAGCUUCAAAUGGGAACUUUGCAAAGCCGAUUGGAUGCAGAAUUCCUCUUGUCCCACAUGUGCUCAGUCAAGUUUAAAGAGUGGAUUGUAGUUUUGGCAACCCUUUUAAGGCGAUCAGAGGUUCUCAUUGAUUUAUUUCGCCAUGAUAUGCGGCUCUGGCAAGCAUACAGCGCAACAUUGCAGUCACAUCCAUCAUUUUCUGAAUACCAUGAUUUACUCGGAGACUUGGGAGAGAAACUUUCAUCCAAUGAAAUAACAGAAGAGACCUGACGGGAACACAUACUGCACCAUAAAUCUUCAAAAAAGCUAAGCGAGAUCUUCAGUCCAAAAGGAGAUUUUACCACCCGAAGAAAAGGAUGAAUCGUUCGUCCAUGAGGUAAACAAGUAAUUUAUAUGGCCGUACGUUAGCGAGUCGAAACGUCUCUUUUCUACCUCCAAGCUUGUUGUUCCAUGUUUUUUUUUUUUUUUUUGCAUAAGUAGUAUCAUUUUGUAUUUCUUUUUCUUUUCUUGGUUUUCUGACUAUGAGAAGAACAUCAGGGGGUGGGUGGGUUGUAAACCAGAAGUUGAACAAAUAAAAUACUCUUAUGUAGUUUUUUUAAAUGAUAAUAUAAUAAUGUAUAUAAGACUUUUUCUUCAAA